AUGUCGCUAGUCGGGAAUUUCACCACCAACUUCGACCACACCAUGGACACCCGUGGUGCUGGGAAUCCAGCUCAUCACCGCAGGGAAUCGGACGUGGAAGAGGAAUACCACCCCGUUCAUACAGGCCACCACCACCACCACCACGAAGAAGAUGGCUCCCAUCCCUCCACCAUUCCGGAAGACCCUGAAAAGAAGGGCGAGACUUCCAGCAGUUCAGAGGAUGACGGCGCCGACCGUGUCAAAGACCUGGCCAGGCAAUUGACUCGAUCUUCCACCUUUUCUUCUAUUGACGACAAUCCUUUCGACGUCGAGCCCGGUUCCAUCCUAGAUCCCCACUCGGACAAUUUCAAGCCCCGCGCCUGGAUUAGAGCCUUGUUCAACGCCCAGCAGAAGGAUGACCGCUUUGUGGGCAGGUCCGCCGGUGUCGCCUUUCGCAACCUGAGUGCCCAUGGAUUCGGUGCCGCCACCGAUUAUCAGAAGUCCGUCGGCAACAUCAUCUUCGAAGUGCUCGGCAUUGCUCGCAGACUGAUGGGGGUCGGCCAGCGCAGAAUCGACAUCCUUCGUGACUUUGACGGUCUGCUGAACGCGGGAGAAAUGUUGGUGGUGCUGGGGCCCCCCGGUUCCGGCUGCUCGACCUUUCUCAAGACCUUGGCGGGCGAAACCCACGGCUUCAACGUGGACGACGACUCGUAUAUCAAUUACCAGGGAAUCAGCUUUCAUGAAAUGCACAAGCACUUCCGUGGCGAGGCCAUCUACACGGCCGAACAAGACGUGCACUUCCCUCAGUUGACGGUGGGCGACACCCUCUACUUCGCCGCUCGCGCGCGAGCCCCCCGGCACAUUCCUGGAGGGGUGUCUCGAAGCACCUAUGCCUCCCACAUGCGAGAUGUCCUCAUGGCCACCUUUGGUAUCCGUCAUACCUUCAACACCCGCGUCGGGAACGAUUAUAUCCGAGGAGUCAGUGGUGGAGAGCGGAAGCGUGUCAGUAUCGCCGAGGCGGCCUUGAACAUGUCUCCGCUUCAAUGUUGGGACAACAGUACUCGCGGUCUAGACAGCGCCAACGCCAUCGAGUUCUGUAAGACUCUGCGCAUCUCCACCGACAUUCUCAACGCCACCUGCGCGGUCGCCAUCUACCAGGCGCCCCAGAGUGCCUAUGACAUCUUUGACAAGGCCAUCGUCUUGUACGAAGGGCACCAGAUCUAUUUUGGCCCCAAAGAUGAAGCCAGAGCGUACUUUGUCAGGAUGGGCUUCCACUGUCCCGAUCGUCAGACCACGGCCGAUUUCCUCACCUCCAUGACGAAUCCGCAUGAAAGGGUGAUCCGAGAGGGCUUCGAGAAUCGAGUCCCGCGUACUGCUGCCGAGUUCGCCAAGGCGUGGAAAGAGAGUCCAGAGCGUGCCCAGUUGCUCCGAGAUAUCGAAGAGUUCGACAAGGCACAUCCCAUCGGAGGUCCGGAUCUGGAGAAAUUCAAAGAAUCCAGACGAUUGCAACAAGCCAAGCGUCAACGCGUCUCCUCGCCAUACACUCUGUCAUAUGUCCAACAAAUCAAUCUGUGCCUGUGGCGCGGGUUCCGUCGGUUGGUGGCCGACCCCAGCUUGACCAUGACCCAGCUCAUUGGCAACACCAUCUUGGCGUUGAUCAUUGGCUCCAUCUUCUACAACCUCGACAUGACCACCAACUCGUUUUACUCUCGUGGAGCAUUGCUGUUUUUCGCCAUCUUGAUGAACGCCUUUGGUUCCGCCCUGGAAAUUCUGACCCUCUACGCUCAACGUCCGAUUGUCGAAAAGCACGCCCGAUACGCGCUCUACCAUCCCUCCGCCGAAGCGUUCGCCUCGAUGCUGACGGACAUGCCGUACAAGAUUUGCAACACCAUCGUCUUCAACGUUACGUUAUAUUUCCUGACCAAUCUGAGACGAGAGCCCGGAGCAUUCUUUUUCUUCAUACUGAUCUCCUUCUUCUUGACCUUGGUCAUGAGUAUGCUUUUCCGAACCAUUGCCUCCGUGUCUCGCACACUUAGUCAAGCGUUGGCACCCGCAGCAAUUCUCAUUUUGGCCAUCGUCAUUUACACCGGGUUCGCCAUUCCCGUCAACUACAUGCUCGGUUGGGCUCGUUGGAUCAACUACCUCGACCCGGUGGCGUACGGCUUCGAAGCGCUCAUGAUCAACGAGUUCCAUAACCGCGACUACGGGUGUGCAGCUUUCGUACCCUCUGGUGCAGGUUACGACGAUGUGGGCAGUUCGAACAGAGUGUGCUCUACUGUCGGAUCUCGAGCCGGUCUACCCUAUGUCAACGGCGAUGACUACAUCAACAGCAGUUACAAAUACUAUCAUUCGCACAAAUGGCGGAACUUUGGCAUUCUGAUUGCUUUCCUCAUCGGUCUUAUGACCACUUAUCUGGUCGCGGCGGAGUUUGUCGCCGCAAAGAAAUCAAAGGGCGAAGUGUUGGUCUUCAGACGUGGUCAUAAACCCGCCGCUUUCAAGGAGAAGGCUGCACGGGAUGCAGAGGCCGGUGGCGAAGGCACUGUGGUGACGGCGCAGAAGGACCACACUGAGCUGAAACCCAUUUCCAGCAUCAUACAGAAACAAACCGCCAUUUUCCAGUGGAAAGAUGUGUGCUAUGAUAUCAAAAUCAAAGGAGAAGGACGCAGAAUCUUGGAUCAUGUUGAUGGUUGGGUCAAGCCCGGAACCUUGACGGCGCUUAUGGGUGUCUCUGGAGCAGGAAAGACUACACUCCUCGAUGUCCUCGCCACUCGUGUGACCAUGGGUGUGAUCACUGGAGAGAUGUUGGUCGACGGCCGACAGCGAGAUGAGUCGUUUCAGCGGAAAACAGGAUAUGUUCAACAGCAAGAUCUGCAUUUGGAAACGUCCACGGUCCGAGAAGCUUUAAACUUCAGCGCCCUCCUCCGUCAACCAGCUCACACCCCGCGGAAAGAGAAGCUCGCGUAUGUGGAGGAAAUCAUCAAGCUCCUCGAAAUGACCGAAUAUGCCGAUGCCGUUGUCGGUGUGCCUGGUGAGGGUCUCAACGUCGAGCAGCGGAAACGACUUACUAUCGGCGUCGAAUUGGCGGCCAAGCCACAACUCCUCCUGUUCUUGGAUGAGCCCACCUCCGGUCUCGACUCGCAGACCUCUUGGUCCAUUCUUGAUCUUCUGGAGAAACUCAAGAACAACGGCCAGGCUAUCCUGUGCACUAUCCAUCAACCGUCCGCCAUGCUUUUCCAACGCUUUGAUCGACUUCUUUUCCUGGCCAGAGGUGGCAGGACGGUCUACUUCGGUCCUAUUGGCGAGUCGUCCAAGACCUUGACUGACUACUUCGAACGGAAUGGCGCCCAUCAAUGUCCCCCGGACGCCAAUCCUGCGGAAUGGAUGUUGGAAGUUAUUGGUGCUGCUCCGGGCUCACAUACAGACAUCGAUUGGGUCGAAACAUGGCGCAACUCGCCCGAAUUCCACGGCGUCCGUGCCGAGCUCGAGCAACUAAAACACGACCGGUCCAAGUUGGUUCCUGUGGUCUCCCACAAGUCCGACAAGGCCAGCUACCGCGAGUUUGCGGCACCUUUCUUCCAGCAGCUGUUGGAAGUCCAGAAGCGUGUCUUCCAACAAUACUGGCGUACCCCAUCCUACAUUUACAGCAAAUUGUCUCUCUGUAUUGCAUCUGGUCUCUUUAUCGGCUUCUCCUUCUUCAUGGCGCGCAACACGAUUCAAGGCCUCCAGAACCAAAUGUUCGGCAUUUUCAUGCUGAUGACGAUUUUCGGCCAACUCUGCCAGCAGAUCAUGCCCUUGUUCGUGACGCAACGGUCACUGUACGAGGUGCGAGAACGGCCUAGCAAGACAUACUCGUGGAGGGCGUUCAUGAUGAGCAACAUCAUUGUCGAACUGCCCUGGGGACUGCUCUGCGCCGUGCUGAUCUUCGUGACAUGGUACUACCCGAUCGGGCUGUACCGCAACGCGGAGCCGACGGGCACCGUGCACGAGCGCGGGGCUCUGAUGUUCCUUUACGUGCUGUCCUUCCUGCUCUUCACCUCGACGUUCGCACACAUGACGAUCGCGGGGAUCGCGGACGCCGAGACCGGCGGCAACAUCGCCAACCUGUGUUUCUCGCUGACGCUCCUCUUCUGCGGUGUGCUCGUGGGCCCGAAGGCGCUGCCGGGGUUCUGGAUCUUCAUGUACCGCGUGUCCCCUUUCACCUAUCUGAUCGACGGCAUGCUCAGCACCGCCGUCGCCCACACCAACGUCACGUGCGCGCGAAACGAGUUCCUUCACUUCAGCCCGACCAACGGCCAGACCUGUGGGCAGUACAUGCGCUCCUACAUCGACUCGAAUGGGGGAUACCUGGAGAACCCGACGGCCACUGACAGCUGCAGCUUCUGCUCGGUCUCCAAUACCGACAAGUUCCUGAGCUCCGUCUCGUCCCAUCCGCAGUACAUGUGGCGCAACUUUGGUCUGAUGUGGGCCUAUAUCGCCUUCAACAUCGCCGGCGCCGUCUUCUUGUACUGGUUGGUCCGCGUGCCCAAGAACCGGGGCAAGGGGAAGAAAGAGCUGGCCAGCCCCGACGCCAGUAAGGAGGGCAGUGUCCUUGAAGCCCCGCCUCAGGUUGGCAGUGAACCCGAACAGCACCAGCAGCAACUGCAGCAGCAACAAUCUCAGCAAUAUCCUGAGAAGGACAAUAACAACCAGCUCCAGCCAAGCGAAGUGCCUACAACCACAACCACAGCUGUGGAUACGCCGACAACCUCGACGACAGUGCCGUCUGACACCACGCCAACUACAACUUCAUCGACAUUCCAUGACCAAGUCACAGUCACCCCAAUGACGCACGCGAGUGACCCGAUCGACAGGAUCGACGAAAAGAGGGAAUAG